AAUUCCGUCCGUGAAAUUUUCUUGCUACUAAAUAUUCCAUGGUCAACUGUUAGUGGUAGUAAAACAAAGUGGAAGCAACUGGAAACAACAGCAACUCAGCCACAAAGUGGUAGGCCAUGUAAAAUGACAGAGCAGGGUCAGCGCAUGCUGAAGUACACAGUUCGCAGAAGUCACCAACUGUCUGCAGAGUCAAUAGGUAAAGACCUCCAAGCAUUGUAUGGCCUUCAGAGUGCUUCAUGGAAUGGGUUUCCAUGUUCGAGCAGCUGCUUCAAAGUCUUACAUCACCAAGUGCAAUGCAAAGCAUCGGAUGCAGUGGUGUAAAGCACGCUGCCACUGGACUCUAG